GCAGCAGCAGCACAGUGCGCCAGGCAGGCAGCGGGAGUCAGGCGUGGGUCACACCGGGGAGCAAGCAAGACGGACCGGCAGCAGCACUGAGUGAUAGCCACUGUACUACGGAGAAAAGACUGUUAGGGGGAAACUCCGUAAUAAGACUGUAUAGGACUAAGCGGUAUCCUUCAUUUUGUCAACCGUGAAAGGGAACUCCUUCACUGCCACAUUUGGGAGUACCGAACCCGGUGGUGUUAGGGGGGAAAUAUGCAGUUGAAGCCGGACUCUGUCAGCCGCGCAGCUGGCCUCAGAGGCUGGUGAUGCCCGGCGUGCCGCGCGGGGAUCACCGCCCAGCAGCAGGAGUGGGUCGGGACAACAGUGCCUCGGGAGGCCGAUGAUGAUGCUGGUAAAGUCGGGAUCAUGGCUAACGGAACCGGUACUAUCAUGUUAAAAUGCGUCGUGGUUGGAGACGGUGCAGUGGGCAAAACGUGCCUUCUGAUGAGCUAUGCCAAUGACGCCUUUCCAGAGGAGUAUGUACCCACAGUGUUUGAUCAUUAUGCAGUGAGCGUCAACGUUGGUGGAAAGCAGUACUUGCUGGGACUGUAUGACACAGCUGGUCAGGAGGACUACGACCGGCUGAGACCGCUGUCCUACCCGAUGACCGAUGUCUUCCUCAUCUGCUUCUCAGUGGUAAACCCGGCCAGUUUUCAGAAUGUGCGCGAGGAAUGGGUGCCUGAGCUGCAGGAGUAUGCACCCAGUGUCCCCUACCUGCUCAUUGGCACCCAGAUUGACCUUCGUGAUGACCCCAAGACCAUUGCCAAACUGAAUGACAUGAAGGAGAAGCCCAUACCCACUGAGCAAGGACAGAAACUAGCAAAGGAGAUUGGUGCAUGUUGCUAUGUGGAAUGUUCCGCUUUGACACAGAAGGGCCUGAAGACGGUGUUCGACGAGGCCAUCAUCGCAAUCCUGACUCCCAAGAAAAAGAAAGGAGCGCUGAAGAGAAGACUGGGACCCCACUGCAUCAACUGCUGCCUGAUUACGUGAUACAUUAACCUCCUGGAGAUCAGUCAGCAACAAACCAUAAACCAAACCUGGACUGCAGGCAAAAGACAGACAAAAGAAAAUUGCACGGACAGCAGAGUGAGAAACAAGAGGACUGAAAAGGACAAAACAAGAGCUACUUUUAUGCUGCAGGGCUCUUGAAAGGCCAUAACUCUCUCCUGCUGUCCCACACAGGUUGAGGAUGCAGUUUACUACCAAAGGAGCACAAAACCCAAGUCUGUCCCUUCUUCUAAGACUUUUAGCUUCUGACGUACCUUCUUUUAUAACCAUUUGUAAUCAUUUGUUCCUUGUCUUAAGCUGUCAUGCAAAGAGUUCAUAUUAUUUCUAUGGUUUGAAAGCUACAUUUGUGCAUUUCUCUUAAAAAAAGAGCAAAUCAAAGAAAGCCUGCAACCUGUAAAUAAUGAGAGUCUGACCUAAGUGACACUGUGACAGUGGCGAAGACUCUGUAAGUCUGUCUCCUAUGAUAUGCCAAUUGGGCCCUGCAAACAAUAUUACACAAAAUGCAACGAGUGCAAUUCUGCCCAGAAACCACAUUUUGGACCUAGAACUGUAUUAUUUUAAAGUUUAAGCGUCUUGCUUUUGCCUUAUGAAACGUUACAUUACUUUAGAGUGUGGCAUGCCAAAACAUAUUGCAAGUUCCAGGCUGAGUUUUUCAUCAGGAACUCAAGAGGUCUAUUAUCCAUUUUCUAAAUAUAUAUUGUCUAGAGUUUAUGAUUCUAUGUCUCUAAGAUAGAGAUGAUCUUGUCAGCUAAUAAUAACUUUCUUUUUGUUA